AUGGCCACAUACUACGCUUCUCUAUCACUUGAACUCUUCACGGGUGCCGUGGCAUUCCUCAAAGCCGAAGCCGAAGCCGAAGCCGAAGCCGAAGCCCGAAGUCCGACGGUCAUUAUGCAGUACAACGAAACCAAGGCGGACUUAGGAGUUAGUGAAAUUCAUUCUCACGAGAAUUGA